AGAUUACAGAGUAACCUCUGUGAUCUGUGGGAGAGAUGCUGUGAUCGUACAUAACCUUUCUUUUGGUUUUUUUUAAAGAAAAACUUACUUGUAAUUACAAAAGUUUAUACUGCAUAUUUAUUAUCCCUCGAACCACAAUGGUGCUAAACAUCACAGCGAGUUGGCUAAGCAGAAGGAUUUGUCUGUUUCGUUCGGCAAACAAGACUUUCAGCUCAAAUGCAAGUUCGCUGAUUCCGAAAAAUACAAAAGAGCCAUUUAUAUCUGCCCAUAAGCAAAUACAAAAUGGUGUUGUUUAUGAUAAGAAACCAAUGCAACUCACUCUAGUGGCAGGAAAACAGUACUCAUGGUGUUUGUGUGGUCGCAGCCAUAAUCAACCAUUUUGCGACGGAACGCACAGAAUGCAAGAGUUGAAAAUUACUCAAAAGCCUAUUCGGUUUUCUGUUGAAGAAACAAAGACAUACUGGUUGUGCAACUGUAAACAAACGCGUUCUAGGCCUUUCUGUGAUGGUACACAUAAAACGACUGCUGUGCAAGAGCAAACGUCUAUUAUCAGACAGUGAAAUCAGACUAAUUUCAAAUAGAGAAUUAUAGCAACAAACUGUUACCAAUGUCGUGAAUGUUUUCGUAUAAUAGUCGAUUGUCAAAGACAUAUAUACAUACGCUAGUAGUAAUUUAAUGUGUAUAAACUACUGCAUUUUUUCUAAAAAACAAAAUGUGUUAACCAUAGAGUAAGUAGAAUAAUUUUGCUUUCUCUAUGGUGUUAACUAUUUAUUUUUUGGCGUACAUUACGUUCAUUAAUAAACAGAUGUUUCUUGCUAAACAAUAGCACUUA